AAUGGAUUCGUAAAGUGCCAUCAGGAAAGUUGUCCGCCUAUUGAUGAUUGUUAUUUAUUGGAAAAGAAAACCUCUGAUACGUGUUGCAAUAAAUGCAAAGGUUGCAUUUUUCGUGGCAUCCCCUAUGCCAGUGGCUCGGAAUGGACGGACCCCGAAGACCCGUGUAAAUCAUACAAAUGCGUUGGCAGUGUUGUUACCGAAACAAUAAUGAAAUGCUAUACGCAGUGUGAUGACAGUCAAUUGACAAAACCAAAACCGGGAGAAUGUUGUCCAACAUGUCAAGGUUGCAAGAUCAAUGGACAAAUAGUUUUGGAAGGCCAAGAGGUUGUCGCCUCAAUCGAUGAUCGUUGUUUGGUGUGUCAAUGUACGGGUAAUCAAUUAACGUGCGCCAAAAAAACAUGUCCUGUUUUACAAUGUCCCAUUUCGAAACAGAAACUACUACCCAACGAAUGCUGUCCACGUUGUAUGGAACAAAGAGAAUUUAUGCCACUACCAGGAAAAUGCAUUUUUAAUCACAAAAUUUUCAAUGACAAAAUCCAAUUUAUGCCCGAUCGCUGCACGAAUUGUACUUGCACCAAUGGCACUAGUAUAUGUGAGCGUAAAACCUGCCCUAUACUGGAAUGCUCGCCAGAGUAUCAAGAAAUGGAUGGUUGCUGUCCACGCUGUAUAAUAUCCGAGGUACGCAGUGAAUGCAUUUCGAAUGGUAUUAGUUAUCAAAAUAAUGAAACCUGGAAUUUGGGACCGUGUCGUUCGUGUCGUUGUACAGCGGGUAAUAUACGCUGUUCGGAGAUGCGUUGUCCGGCCAUAAAGUGUCGUUCGAAUGAGGUAAAGGUAUUGCCGGGUGAAUGUUGUCCCAAGUGUAUAGAGACCGCUGGCACUUGUACCGUUUUCGGUGAUCCUCAUUUCAAAACGUUUGAUGGUAAAUUUUAUAGUUUCCAAGGUUCCUGUAAAUAUCUGCUAGCUUCCGAUUGUCGUGAUCAUACGUUUUCGAUACGUUUGACUAAUGAUGGACGUGGUACGAAUACCUCGUCUUGGACUAAAACGGUUACUUUGAAAAUGCGUGGUAUACGAGUAAAUUUGGGCCAAAUGAGAGUUAAGGUAAAUGGUAGUCGAGUGGUUUUGCCCUAUAGCCAGGGAGCCAUUACUAGCAUAGAACGUUUAAAGGAGAGCAUAAUAUUGAAAACAGAGCUGGGCUUGAGUAUAGAAUGGGAUGGCAAUAAUUAUUUGCAAAUCAUGGCCCCCUCUUCCUAUAAACGUAGACUAUGUGGCUUGUGUGGCAAUUAUAAUGGUUUGGCCCGUGAUGAUCUCACCAGUCGUGAUGGUGUUAAUCACACUGAGGUAUGGCGUUUUGCCAAUUCCUGGAAAGUUGGCGGUCCCAAGGCCUGUUCACGUAAAAAAGAGAACAUAGCUGUACAACCCAUCUGCAAACAGAGAAAAACCAAUGCCUUGUGUCGACCCCUGCGCAUAGCCGAAGUAUUUGGCAAUUGUAAUGAUCGUUUAAAUCCCAACAACUAUAUCGAUUCCUGUAAAAUGGAUGUUUGCGAGUGUCCGGAUGGCAUGUGUCAUUGCGAUAGUUUUGCCGCCUAUGCCCGCGAAUGCCAACGUUUGGGUGUCACUUUACCUGAUUGGCGUUCUUCUACCAUGUGUCCGUAUGGUAUGUGGAAAAGAGAUUUUAAUACCACACUUUAUCUCCUGCAGGAUAAUCCCUACUAUGGUGACUUGAGUUUUCUACGCAAACCCCUGGCUAACCAGAGAGGUGCGCGUAAGCACAAGAAAGCUCAACAUAAUUACAAUGAAACAAAGGAAUUUCAUGACAAACAUGUACCGAAAGUUCUAUUAACAUCGAAGACUCCAGAGCGUACACCACUACCAUUGCAUUGAGCGGCAAAGCGAGAGAGAGAUACGCAGAUAAACUAGGUGUAAGCGUUUUCCGUUGGGAAAGAAGAGAAAAAAAGCGUUACGGUUUUGUUAACUAUACUCUAUUGUAAUAAUUUAAAAUUUAAAAGAAAAUAGCUAUAGAUCAAAUUUUAUAACAAUUUUCUCUUGCUAUUAUUAAGGA